AUGCAUGGUGAAAGCAGGGACAUGUCCAAUAACAAUCGAAGGACACAAUCAAUGAAAAAUAGUAGCUCUGAAGGGCUCGAAGAACAUGGGAGCAAGCCCUAUAACGGGACAUGCUUCUGCCGUCUUCAGGUGGUGGCGUUGAAAUCGAAGACGAGGAGAAACCCAGGGAGAUGGUUUUUCAGGUGUCCUCUGUGGAAGACAAAGAAUACUGGGUGCCAUUAUUUUCAGUGGAUGGACGAAACCAACGAGGAAUCUGUUGAGGUGGAGGAAUCCUCCAAAAAUGGCACACUAGUAUGCAAUGAAUGUGGAGUCUUGAAAGGGAGAUUUACCAGUGUUGAGACUAAGACCAUACACAGAGAUCGAAAGAUGAUGAUGGAGCACAUGAAGAGAGUUGAAUUAUUUCUAUGCAUCAUUCUGUGUGAAAUUGUACUGAGUUUGAUUGUGAGUGUGAUUUAG